AUGACAUUCGAUAUGAGUCCCCAUAUGGCCUUGAGUCCCAAAACCGCCCUCGACAAAACCUGGCGCUACAUGAACGAAGCGUUCAACGUGGUGAAAAUGUCGGGAAAACUCGUCCAAAUACACCCACGGCGUAAUUUGCGCUCGUCGCCCACAUCCGAAGGGUCCUUCCACAACUUAGAAAAAACCAGCGGCGGAAAACACACUGUCGUCACACGGCGCGAUACAGUCGUACAAAGGCAUAUGCCACGUACUACUACUACUACUUGUCCCAUGUCAUCAACGACGACAACGACGUCAGUGUAUACAACAACAGAAGAUACAACGUCGCAGAAUUCGCUGCGACAGAACACGCCAACAAGCUCUCCAAGAAGGUCUCCAAGAAGGUCUUCAGACAGGUCUUCAGACAGAAGGCGUCACAGGGUUCAUUUCGAAGACGAAACUUUGCAGGACCAGGACCCCUUCAUCAUCACAAUACGCUUCAACUGA